UUCUCUCUCUCUUCUCUCUCUCUCUCCUGUUUCUCUCUCUCUCUCUGCUUUCAAAAUUUGUAGCAGGCACAGAAUUUCCCCGCAAAUCCCUCCCGGCUGCGAUCGCAUGAAAUCUCGCCGGCGCUGGCAAUGCCCUCCGCAUCCCCGUCCGCCUCGUCCGGCCGCCCCGCGGACCUCGUCUCCCGCCUCGCCUCCUCCGACCGGGACGUCCGCCUCCGGGCCCUGAGGGAGGUCAAGAACCAGAUCAUCGGCAACCGCACCAAGAAGCUCGCCUACAUCAAGCUCGGCGCCGUCCCCGCCGUCGCCGCCGCGCUCGCCGGCGCCUCCGACGGCCCCGGCCCCGGCGAGGCCUGCGACCUCCUCGUCCAGUCGGCCGCCGCCCUCGGCAGCUUCGCGUGCGGCGUCGACGCGGGCGUCCAGGCCGUGGUGGACGCCGGCGCGCUGCCGCGGCUUCGCCGGCUCCUCUCCAGCCCGGAUGAGAAGGUUGUGGAUUCUGGUGCUAGAUCACUGAAAAUGAUUUACCAGUCAAGAUUGGCUCCCAAAUAUGAUUUCCUUGACCAUCAUAAUUUGGAAUUUCUUCUUUCACUGCUGAAUAGCAAGAAUGAAAACGUUACUGGACUUGGAGCCAGUAUCAUCACACAUUCCUGUCAGACAAGUACAGAACAGAGGGCACUUCAUGAAGCCGGGGUUGUUCAGAAGCUUGUAGAGUUCAUAGCAGGUUCAGUAAGUCAAAGAGAUCCUAGCUUGGAGUCUUUGACGGCAAUAAUCAAGAAUAACCACGAAGUCACUUCUAAGAUUGUGGAAUUUGAAAAUGGAAGGGCACUGAAUCUCAUAAAUAAAUUCACUAUUGAUAAGUCUCCACGCACAAGGUUACUUGCCUGUGCAUGUUUGAUUGCUGUAAGUAAGACAUCUUCUCGCUAUGUGGAAGACAUGGGGCUUGAAAUUAAAUUAAUUCAUCAUUUACUUGAGCUUCUGGAAGAUCCUGGGCAAGUUGGAGAUGAAGCUUCUUUUGCCUUGUCGAGUUUGAUUGAGGAAAAGGAAGAUCUACAGAAGCUAGCACUCGAGGCUAAUGCUAUCAAUAAACUUUGCAUCCAUUUGCAAAAUGGACUGUCAUGUCCAAAGCGUCUCCAAGGAAUAUUGCUGGCAUUGGCUAAUAUAUGCUCAAAAUUGGAGAUCUGCCGGUCAAAAUUACUGGCUUUGCAGGCAUUCAACUUGGUAAGUGAUGCGCUAAGACAUGACUGCACUAAUGUACGAGUUGCUGCUUGCAUUUGUUUGAGAAGUCUCUCUCGGUCAGUCAAGAAUCUGAGUGCAGGUUAUUUUAUGAACGAGACAGUUAUAAUUCCAUUACUGCAGCUUUUGCAUGAUCCUUCCAUUUCUGCUCAGCGGGCAGCCCUUGGUGCAAUCAGCAAUAUUGUGGUUGACUUCACAAAACAUAAGUCCAAUUUUAUACAUUGUGGAGGAGUUAAGCAGCUUGUUGAGUUGUCAAUGGCAAUGGAUCCAGUAGUGAGGUCACACUCUUUAUGGGCUUUGAAGAACUUGACAUUCCUUGCUGACAGCAAAUAUAAGGAAGUAGUUCUGUCAGAACUCACAGCAUCCUCACUAGCAAGCCUUAUCCGUGAUCCAGAAUCGGCUGUCCAGGAGCAAGCUCUGGCUCUUGUUCGCAAUCUUGUUGAUGGAUGUUUACAGUCUAUUGAAUAUGUAUUUGCUGAAAACGGUAUUAUAUUGGAUGCUAUGGGAAGGCAGCUGCAAUAUGCUGCAAAAGCUGAAAUAGGUAUCCAGGGAAUGUAUGCACUAAGCAACGUUGCAAGUGGCAGCAAAGUUCAUAAGGAUGCAGUCAUGGAGCAACUGUUUCAACACGGAGGAAUGAACACACAACCAUUUAUCGUGAGAUUUUUGCACAGCAACGAGAACCAGUUACGAACAGCAUCUGUCUGGGUCCUAUUAAAUCUCACUACAUUCUGUCCUGGUGCCGCUGGUCGGGUUCUAAAAUUAAGGAAUGCUGGGAUAGUUUCGCAAUUGAAAAGCAUGGCCAAUGAUCCCUGCCUGGAUGUAAAGCUUCGAGUAAGAACGACACUAAGUCAAAUGCAUGAAUUAUGGUGACAGCACGAUCUAGUUCUCCAUUGUUGGCCCGUAAAUUACUGAGAAAAAAGUCUAACAGAGCCAUCACUAGUUGUCCGCUUAAAGCUAUAGAGGGUACACAGUUGAUCAUGCUUCUGCCUGUCAUCAUGUUGAUCAAGCAUUCAACAUUUUGCAGGUUUAGCAGAUUGCAAUUAUAGUUUUUCUUCAAAGCAGCACGGGGAGCUUUUAUGGUGCCCCGCCAAUUACCUGGGUUGCCUUUGGAAGUUCACUGUUCCAAAUCUAGUAUUUUGAGUCUCGAUUUUUUACUGACCACAGUUGUAAACCGACGCUGUCGAGUGUAUCAUUUGGUCCCUAGAGUGUUUGCAGGUGCUGCAUUACAUAUAUAUAUAUGCGGAUUACUUCUGUAAAUUUAAAAAUUUUGAGAUGCAACAAACCGUGCUUGGAUAUUGUCUUCGGGCUGCUAUUGUAUUGGCAAGUUGGAAAUGAUCCUUCUAGAGCUCAAUGACUUGAGAUACUUUCUUUGGCAACA